CUGCCCUCUGCCCACGCGAAAUUGAAAUUAGAUUAAUCUGACAAAAGUCUUUGCCCAUUUUAUUUGAUUCUGAUCUUGGAACCACUCGUUUUGAGGCCAUAGAUUUUGUCUUUUAUUUGCAAGAAAAAAAUGUCUGGAAUCAAUAUUCAAACGGGUGAUCAUACUAACAGACUCAUCUCCGAGAACGCUUUAAUUCCUUUCUGUCAUCCAUUAACUCCUGGAUCUUCCAGUCUACCCAAGUUUGGUACCCUUAUUCCAAACCGCAUAUUUGUUGGCGGAAUACCAUCAAAUACAAACGAACAAGAACUUAAGUCUUUCUUUUCAAGUUUUGGCCAAGUAAAAGAUGUCAAAAUUAUCAAUGAUCGCCUUGGGGCAUCUAAAGGGAGCUAUGGAUUUGUUACUUUCGAAAGUCAGGAAAUGGCUGAAAAAAUUAUCAAGAACGAGUCGGAAACACUCAUUUUCAAAGACCGUAAACUCAACAUAGGUCAUGCAAUUCGUAAGCAACAAAUAUUUCCUCGUCCAGACCUAACAACAACUUUGCUAUUCACCGGAAGUGCAGUUCCUUAUAGCUUUCAAAAUGGUGUGGCUGUAUUCCCUUUACCUGGCCAAGAGUAUCCUAUAUUGACUCAAACCACAGCUCCUUAUGCCACAAUGAUACUUCCACAGCCGGAUGGAGGAACACCUCUCUACUUGCCUCCCUUACAUUCAACUCCAGCUGCCGCCAUAUCGCCAUAUACACAUAUUCCACAGCAAGCUGUAACGGCAGCACUUCAUCAACAGUUUCACCAAACAGGAGCUGUUUCUUGUUUAACUCCUGCGGUUGUUGGUCAGAUAACACCAGUCAAUGUCAGUGUUAAUAACACUAAUCCGCAAUCUCAUUCAACCCCCUCAGUAAUGGCGGCAGCUGCUGCUAUGGCUGCUGCUGUUCAGUGGCCACAAAAUCCAGCUCAGAAUAACCAACAAAAUCAACAACAGUCAUCUACUGUAACAGUAACUCAUAGUGUUUCACAUGUAAACAAUGAGCAUUCCAUUAAUCAGACAUCAACAAUCACACAGAAUCAAUCUGCUGUUGCUGCUCAACAUCCAACUAGUUGGCAUUGGUCAACAGGUGUACAACAAUCUCAAAAUACCGUUCAGGAAACAAAUCCUCAAUCUAACAUGUUCACUAUUGAUACAUCUUCAAGUAUAGGUGCUACUAAAUCAACAUCAUCAAUAUCAAAUCCAAAUCUUCAAUUUCCUCAACAGGUGAGUAAUUCAACUUUAUCAUUAUACCCAUCAUCAUUUGGCGAUUUAUCAUCAACGUUACAAUUAUUACAAAGUUCAACUUUAACAGCAUCCACUGCAGCAUUACUUGCUGCUACUGUUAUGCACCAACCAAAUACAAAUAUAUUUGAUAAUGAGAUUAAUAUGAAUCUUGAUAUGACUACAGUAGCAACAUUAGCUGCCUUAGCUACAGCAUCAAUUAAUUCACCAUCAUUAAUUAAUACAAAUAUGAAUUCAAUCAAAGAGAUGAAGACAAAAGAAAAGGAGGAUAUUACCACAAGUGAAUUUUCAAAAUCUGUUCAUUUAAAUGAUGAUAUGGUAGGGUUACCUUUUACUCAACCAAUAAAAAAACCACGAUAUGAUGUAGAAACUGUGCAGAAAAUUAAAAAAGAUGAAUAAUCUGUAAUCAUUUAAUAUAGUCCCGAAAAUAAACUGUUAUUAAUUUUUUUUUUGAAAGUAUAUCCUGUGUAACAAUUAUUCAAAAUUGCUUAUUAACAAAAUACAUUUCAUUCUAAGAUAUAUGAUAAGUAGUUACUUCUUUGUUUUGUAUUUUUACUUCAAUCUGUUCAAUGAGAAAACAAGCUUCUGUUAAAUUGUUUACAUGACAUUUUUGAAGACUUUUACAGUUUAUACGUGUAUAUAAGGAUAUGUAAUAUAUUUAUAGUAUAAUUAAACUUUGUCUCUUCUUAAUUAUUAAUUAAUAUCUUUAUCAUUUUAUUUUAUAUGUUUGAUUUAUGAAAACAACCAAAAAAAUUAUCUAAUUGUAACAGUGUGCAACAAAUGCAACUUAUUUGUAUGGCCCAUUCACUGGGUCUAGUCAUGAAGUGAUGUUAUUUCAUCAAACCAGUUCGCCAUUUACUGGCAAUUCAACUAGUGAUUACAGUACUGAUCAUAGUACACAUUCAUCCGGUAUAUUGGAGUCAGCUGAGUCUAUAAAUUAUGAUGGUACACCAAUCAGUCGUCAAACUCAACAAGUUGGAAAACAAUUAACUAAUAUUUACAACAAUAAUAAUACACAAAUGAAUGGUUCAUGUUUAUCACCAUAUGCUACGUUAACACCAAUUUUAGAAUUUCAUUCACAUUCUAAUUGUAUAGGACAAUCGAAUUCUAUGCAUCAAAUGUCACCAACACAUUUACAACAUAAUUUACAUCAAAAUCAUCAAACAAAUACAUUCGUGUCAAUACUUAAUCCAUCACAUCAUAAUACAGUAUUUACUGGCAGUAAUUGUACGCGUCAAUUAUCAACUGCUAUCUACGGAAGUCAAUCACAAAUUAAAAAUGGUACAUUACCAUCAACUGAUAUUAGUUUAUCAAAUGAACAACAUCAAAAUAUGUUAUCAUCUAUUCGUCAAUUACAGUCGUGUUGUACAAUUGGCACUAUCCAAGGUAUAACUAAUACAGCAAUCAUAUCACAAUCCCCACUAACAUCAGCAGCAGCAGCAAUGGUAGCCUCAGCCUCAGCAUCAACAGUACAAGUAGCAUUACCAUAUUUACUAACUUCUACAAGUACAUCAUCCUAAUCUUUUCCUUUUGAUUCAGCAAAGAAAAAUUAACAAACUAAUCCUUUUUGUUUUUUUCUUUUCAUCAAAUUUAUUUCUUACUUUCUAGAAAAUAUUUAGUACAUUUUUCUUACCGGUCUUCUUCCUCUUGUCUUCCAUCUGUUUAUUUAGUUUUUUUUUCAAAUAUUCUCUUACUUCAAUUCAUUUUUUUUUCUAAAAGAAGAAAAAGAAACGAAGUACUUGAAACAGCACAUUUUGAAAUGUAUUACUACCUUUGAGCUUUAUUGAAUCAGUAUUUUUCCCCCAAGAUUACUCACUGUCAGUUUUUCAUCUUAGUUUUUAUAUUUUUUUUCAUUUAAUUUUCUUACUACAAGCCAACCUACCAACCACUCGCCUUAUUAUUUUUCUCUAUUAAGAACUAUGAUUCAUUUUUUGUACGGUGCUUUCGAACUUUUUUCAUGAUUAAAAAAAAGAUGAAAACGCUUUUUAUACAUGUCGAUUAAUCCCUCAUCUUAUUGCCUUAGUCCUUUUAUCUGUUGUUAUGUUCUUUUAUUAUUAGCAGUACUAUUAAUGUUUCCAGUUUUCUGCACCACAUUCCAACUUUUCUAUUCCCCAUAGGGAUUGCUGUAUAGCAAAAGAUUUUUUAUUGAAUAUUAGUUCUUGUUCCUGACGUUUUGACCUCCAGAUUGUAGUAGCACAUUCGGUAUUUUUUGGCCUACAGAAUAGAUGUAUUCAGUCAAGGUGUAAAAAGAUUAGGAUGAACGUUUUUGUUUUUAUGUUGACAAUAAUUUUUUGCAGUAUUUUUGUCAAUGGAAUUAAAGUUUAUUUUAGUACAUAUAUAAUCAGAGUAUGUACGUAUAUAUAAUGUUUGUUUUACUAUUUAUAUAUCUAUAUUUUAUUCCACUCCUGACUCUAUUUCUGCAUAUAAAAUGCACAUUUGGUUCAUUUGUUGCUGCUUUUCUUAUGAAAUAAAUUUAUUCAAUUUUUGAGUAA